AUGGCCCAAGAAUUCCCCAUCGUGUUUACAAUCGGCAACUCGUCAAGGCACGAGGUCAUGCUCAUCAACGCCGGUCUCGGCAUCAAAAACCUGAGCGAUCGCAUCCAGGAACUUACUUCUUCAUCAGUCAACUGCGCCGAGGCCCUGGCUAAAUACAAAAAGAAGGGUGAGGCUGAGAAGGUGACCGAAAUUAAGGUCCGCUGGGCAGCCGAAGGAAGAGACAGCAAGCUGUUCCCCAAGACUACUGUUCUCACCGGCGAGAACUGCAAAGCAAUCCUUUCCCUCAUCAGCCUUCACGGUGCAAAGGAUGUUCUGGAAGUCACUCUUCAAGCACCUCCAUCAUCUGCCGAAGACUCAAAGGAUUCGAAGGAGUCAAAAGAGUAG